GAUAGAAUAUUCAAGCUACUUUUUCUUAACCUUUGACAAGCACAGUCAAAAGUCAUCCGGACAAGCAAUGAAUAAGACUAACGUCUUUUCCCUGCCUCGACCUUAGUGAGAGGAAAACCAAUUAGAUCUUGGAUGUGGUCUAUUGCAGACGAGACCUCUUUUUAGAGACCCAUCACCUGCCUCUCGCUCCAUAUCUUUGGCCACCGCUAUAUCAGGAUCCAUUCAAGACUUGAACGACGACAACUCUUUAUGACUUUUUUAUUUGUUUUGUCUAAAUGAUCAUGCUGGACACCAACCACUUCCUGUCCUUUGAGCUCGCCCCCUUGGACUCUCCUCCAAUGGGGGAAGAGCUGGACAAGCAGGACUUGAUGGAUUACGAGAGACAUGCCUAUCACAGCCUAAAAGAAGGUGGGUGGGGUUAGAAGACACCCAGUGGAGAGGGGAAAUCUGAUCUGAUUUGUGUUUUAGAUGUAGCCUAGCCCUAGAUUUUAUAAUUCACUAGUUUAUGGUCUAGCGCAAGCUUUGGGUUUGAUUCUGUAUGGCGACCAGAUUUCUUUCAAGCUUUUGAUGCGUCCUCUUCUUGCUCCUUGCUUAUUGAUGCAUGCCAUGAACCAUAAUAAGACAUUCAUUUUGGUCAUUCCUCAUGUCUGUUUGUAUGUAACUCCCUGGUUGUAUUGUGUAAUGGUCAAUCUAACAUCCAAAUGGUGAGGUCACUGGAUCAUUACCGCGCGCUUUGCAAAUAGAAGUGUUCCAAAGGCCAUGCCAACUUUUCGGCUGCUGUGUGUGCGCCUGCGAGUUUAUAAGGGAGACUUCUAGGUUGAUGUGUGUGUGCCUUGUGUGUGCUCAGCAGGUGUGGGCGGUGCUGUGCCAGGUCUGGGGCCCUUUGGGGACAGUGGCAGACAUAUUUAUUAGACCCAAUGACACAUGAGCACACUGGGAUUAGCCCUCCUCUCUCUCUCUCUCUCUCUCUCUCGCUCUGUCUCUCUCUCGCUCUCUCUGUCUCUCUGUCUCUCUCUGUCUCUCUCUCUGUCUCUCUCUCUCUCUCUCUCUCUCUCUCUCUCUGUCUCUGUCUCUCUCUGUCUCUCUCUCUCUGUCUCUCUCUCUCUCUCAUCUCCUCUCUCUCUCUCUCUCUGUCUCUCUCUUCUCUCUCUCUCUCUCUCUCUCUCUCUCUCUCUCUCUCUCUCUCUCUCUCUCUCUCUCUCUCUCUCUCUCUCUCUCUCUCUCUCUGUCUCUGUCUCUGUCUCUGUCUCUCUAACUCUAACUCUGGAGGCCUGGGGCCAGAGUUUGGCUUUGUCCUAAUAUUCUAAUAAAUAUCCCUACUUCCUAUAGAGGGAUCUCAUCUCGUUGGUGAAGGUUAUAUGGUGGAAGUUGGAACUGUGUCCCUUGCUUUCAGUGGUCAUGAAGGAAUGAAGACAUGGAAAGAUGUGGGCUAGCAUUUGGAUGAAUGUAGGUCUGGACUGAAGGGAACUCUUAUGUCUUUGCCAGUUUGUCACAUAGUUCAGGCUAUAAAAAUUAAUCAAAUAUAGAUGUAGGGGUAAGUGUACCUAUUAAGCCCACCAAAAUCUAGGUUUAGACAUUUCUAACAUAUACUGACCUAAUUCUUAUAAGAAAAUUGGAGAUAAAAUGAAAGUUUAAUCUUGUGAAGUUUUAUGACUUUACUUACAACAUUUUUUAAUAAGACAUAACAAUAUUUGAUAAAAUAUGUCGGGACUGGGCUUGAUGGGUAUCAAAUGUACCCUUUAAGCCCAUGGGUGUUCCAAAUAAGCCCACCUUUUAAAUAAUCAAUUUGAAUGAAUUUCCAAAUGUUCAAAAUUUACAAACUAACAUUUCUUAUGUAAAUUAUAUUAUAUUAAUGUCCCCUAAAGUUAUGAAUAUAAUCUGAUCAUUAAAAUUCAUCAUGAAAGUAGCACUCAUAACAAUCCUAUCCACAGAGAUCAAUGUGGACUUAGGCUUUUGUUCUUGCCAACCAGUACACACCUGAUUCAACUAAUAAUAGACUUAAAUCAAGACAUGAUUAGUUGAAUCAGGUGUGUUGUUGCUUGGUUAGAACAAAAAAAACUGCACCCACUCUGGCCCUCUGUUGAUAAGAAGCCUUGCACAAAGACCAUAACACAACUUUGAACAAAUUAUCUGAAAGCUGAUUCACAUUUGAUGUACUGCUAUUCUUGUUAAUUAGUUCAACUUGUCUUCCUAAAGCCUAUCUGAAGACAGUUUCAAAUAUCCCUCUCUAUUGUUGUAUUACAAAGGUACAGGUGAUGGACCAAAAAACGAAAUCACCUGGAUGAAUGAAAGACAACCGUAUGACAAUGCCCUCACCCAAAAGUGCAUGAGUAGUCGCCCAAGUCAUCUUCUUGUCCCUCAUUGUUUUUUGCAUUUCUGUCCAUCACUUAAAGUUCUUCUGUCCCUGAUAUCCCUCAAGCCUGAUCUUAUUCUACUCUCUCUGCAUCAACGACUACCUGUCCACUCCAAACGUCUUGGAGAGUACAGAGGUUUCUAAUCCUGGUAAAGGCAUCAUGGCUAGAUGCAUAAUAUGCAUACCUGUAGUUUGUGUGUUUUAACCAACUUAAAUCUGAACAAAAAAAACAACAUUUAUGCUCAUGUUCAUUGACUAUUAGGGAUAUCAACACUAUUGUAUGUGUUUCAAUGCAUACUGGGCUGAAUUGGAACAACAGUGAUUUAUGGUGAAAAAUACUCAUAAAAUAUUUGGAAACCAAUGGUUUUGGGGUAGAAAUAUUCACUAUAGACUCCAUUAUAAUGCGAAGUUAGUAUUGAUCAUAUUGACCAAUAUUUAUUUAUUGCCAUUUACAUUCUGUAGAGUCCUUUUUGUGUUACUACGCCAUAUAAGCCCACCUGAGAUAGAUGCCAUUUUUGUAAAUUUGACAUUUAUCUAUAAAAAUGCAAGGUUCAUUUAACAGUAAAAUAAGAAAUAAUGCAUAAAAAAAAAAUUCAGAUAUGAAUGCCUGAAAUCUAUUAUCUUCUUGUAGUUCACCAAGUUAUGUUGCUACUGUUUGAUUGUGACAUGCAGGCAUGACCGCUAGCAUGAAAAAUCCAUCUUUUAAAAUGGCAAGAAAUAGUAAUUAAUGCUCAUGAAAUAUGCUAUAAUGUGCAUAUAUCAGCACAUUAGUCUCUUAAUUUCACAUAAAGUAUGAUCACUUAUCUGAGAAGGCACAAACAAUAUUGAAAAUGUGUUUAUCUGAGGGUCGCCUCAACCCCAAUGUUUUUUUGCUGCUUUGAAAUUGGCCACUAGUGGGAACUUACACAACGGUCAAUAACUUUAAUAAUAAAACAUUUGAUUGGCUUAGAAUGAACUGGUUGAAACAUUAAACAGCAGAAAAUGUUUAUUUUAUUUUUUAUUUGAAUCAAGAUGGAAGUGGACUUAAUGGGUUGUUUUACAGUGUCAUCUUAUUAACACUAAUACUGCCAGUGAGUAUCAGAUGUGUUAGGUAUCAGUCAGAUAGUGUUUCUGCUCUCUCGUUCUGUGGAUAGAAAUAGUGCAGGGGGAGGCUUGGAGUGGGUGGCAAGGCAAUGACGAGAGAGUGAGAAAGAGGUAAGGGUAUAGUGAGAUACUAAAUGUGAAGUUCCCCAGAGAAAGAGGAAGAGAGAAACGAAUUCAGAAUGACCUGCCUCAGGGAGCCUGUGAAAGAAAGAAGCAAGGUUAGGAGAGAGGGUAAAGGGGGAGAGAUGUGAGGGAGUGAUAGUGAUUCUCUCUCCCAGAAUAGAUCCUUCUCUUCUCUACUUCCUGUGGUUGCCAAGUGGUGUGGCAUCUAUCAUGUGGCAUGCCCUGGGCUGGCACGUUCCACGUUUGUGUUAUUGUGUGUGUGCUUGUCUGCCUGCGUAGUCACGUGAGUCUAGUGUAUGUGUGUAACAGUGUGUUUAUGUUUAUGUUACAUACACGUGAGUCUCCAGUGUGUUUUGUGUGUGUGUCAGCGAGAGCUGAGAGAGAAAUGAAUAUCGUUGCUUACAGAAGGGACGGCGUAAUCCCUGAGAUGCUGUGAGAUUGAAGGUCAGACUCAGAACAGCUGACUAUACUCAGACUCCCUGGCACUUCUGAUGAUGUCAUGGUAUCAGCCCUCCCUAACAGGUGCUCCCUGCCCUUAAAGUGUCAGGCAAGAGAGAAAGACACACACACACACACACACACACACACACAUACACGCUGCAUAUGGCCGCUCCACAGAGACUAGCCUACUACAUAGAGACGGCAACUGAUGAUAAACAAAUAGUCCACUCCUAGAAAUGCAGCAGUGGCUUGGGACUCUCCUGAAUGCAUACAAUAAUUAAACCAGGGGUGAGUUUCCCAGAAAGCAUUAACAAAAAGGUCACAAACAAGUUACUGACACAGUAGCAGGACAGAGUAUCAAUAAUAAUAAUAAUAAGUAUUUGGUGGGUGCUUAUAUUUGUCCUAUUUCACACAUGCACAAGUGUGUAUUAUACACGUGUGAAUUGGAAAUGUGUUUUUUGCAUAUCCCUAUUCCCCCUGAGACACCCUCAGAGAGUGGGGUCACGGCCAGGGUCAGCCAUUAUCAACGGUGACCCAGGAGAAAAGGGUUAAGUGCCUUGCUCAAGGGCACAUUGACAGAUUUUUUACCUUGUCGGCUCAGGGAUUCAAACCUUUCGGUUACUGGCCCAACGCUCUAACCGUUAAGCUACCUGCCACCAGUGUGACUCAUAAACACAGUCAUUUAGGUGGUUAGUGGUCAGUUGUUCUGAUUGGAAGACCGAGAAGGGUCUACUUACUUACUUUAAUUGUUGCAAGAUUUGCAGUACAAACUAUUCUGUGCUUGCACCUUUCUGCAUUCUCCACAUUGAUGCAUUGCAUACCAUAGCUGGCUUGAUAAUACAGGCUACUGUGAGGAAUGAAUUAAUAGGUCAUCCUAAGAAUGGCAGUGGUUAAACAGUGAGAACACAGUCUGCUGACAGACAAGGCUGACUGUGUGAUUGUAUUACCGCCUGUAUCUCUGAGUCAUUAUGUAAGACAUGUUUCCUAUUCUGAAAUAAUGAUGUGUCGGGCAUACAUGCAACAAGGAGUCUGUCUCAUACACACAUUCUUUAGAUACAGGAAAUGUGUAAUAAUGUCACUGUACUCCGCCCUCCUUUGCAACAGCAAAAAAAAAAAAAAAGAGCGAGGGAGGAAGUGAAAGAGAGCACGGGUCCUGUCCAUUGAGUCCUGCUCUAUCCCUCUGCUCCUGUGUUUGUUGACAUAAGGAUACCCUCUCUACCUUGCAGACGGAUUCUUCAGUGUAGGAUGGCAGCCUGGACCUGAAACUCUUUUUUUUGAAGAGGUUGUUGUUGUUUCCAUGCUGACAGUUGCUUACUCUCCUCUACUUCUCUCUCACUGUCCUCAUGCAGUCCUCCAGCUCAAACUUCAGCAGAGACGCACCCGGGAGGAACUGGUCAGCCAAGGGAUCAUGCCACGUAAGUAGUGCCCAAACUCUUUAUCCAUAUCUCUGUAGUCUAGACCAGAAAAUAUAAUAUAAUAUCACCCUCUGCAUGCUUGACCAGCACAGUUUUUGUUCCCGGUCCCCUUGGACUGACAGGCCUGUUGUGUUGUGUUAGCGUUGUAAUUUGCAUUGUGUUGUCUUGUGUUUGCGUUGUUGUGUUAUGAAGUGGGCCAGCCAGCUUCCUCUUCUGUGUCCACUUCCUGUUUGUGUUCUGUUAAGUAGCUGAAUAGACUCAGUGUUCAGCUGUGGGAAGGAGGAAGUGCAUGGGCUAGCUCUCAUUCUUACAGGAGAGAGAGAAGCUGACUCACUUCCUAACUUGCAGCCUAACCUGCACCCUUCAGAGGGUGUUAUCACUGUCACUGACUCUCCUUGACAAAUGCACUCAAUCUGCACCAGGGUUGGGGUCUGUUCGAAUUUCAAUUCAGGAAUUGCUUCUGUUAUGACGUAGCCUGAUCCAAGACCAUCCUGACCGCUUCACUCUUGUUUCGCUUCACUUCAACAGAAUGUAAGCUUGCGAGAACUCCGGAUGGUUGUAUGAGGCUAGUUAUGAUGGGUCACAACUCAGGUGUAAAGUGGCUAACCUGGCCCUAAGAUGGGCCUCUCCCCUGUGCUCCCACUCUUACUACACAACAACAACAGGCCAGGGGAACUAACUGUGUUUCUCCACUGUAGCCCUACACAGACAAACAUACAUACAGGACUUUAUUACAGAUUAGUCCAGAUUACUGAGGAUCAGGUUGUCUUCCUGUGGAGGAGGUAUUACAACCCAACCUUUAAAAGUGUCUUGUUAUGACUAUGGCCCAAGGCUGUAGCAGAAAACUGUUUUACUGUCAAGGUCCUGUAGAGUUAGUAGACAGUAGUGCUCAUGCCAUGGAUUUACAGUCACAUUACUGUUGGAUAUAUAAAUAAGAGUGAAUUACAUAGUAGACAGGAUCCUCCAUGAUCCAUUUGCAUGUAUUUGGAGACAAAUGUUGACUUGAUGUGAGUGGUUACAUCACAGGAAUCCCUGGCCAAUAUUUAGGCCUGCUAGUCUUGUUUUGGUGUGUAUGUUUGUGAGCUUACAUGAAUGUCCACGUUUGUGUUUUCCCACUUCUGAAUGAUGGGGGCUGCUGGGGUGAGAUGCAGAGAUGCUUAGUGACACACGCGCACACACACACACACACACACACACACAUCCUCCAGACACUCACACAGGCGCAAACACACACACACAGACUAAAUAUACACAUACGGACAGGGACAUGCUGAGGACCAAUAAAGUUGAGUAGAGUGAUGGAUUUAGAAAGUCCGUCUCUCAGAAAUUCGUUCUUCAAAGAUCCUGUCUGGUCUGUAAAUCAGAUCUUUAUUGAUUGUUCUAUGGGUUCUCAGGCGUACACCUCUCUCAUGCUAUAGCAGGCUGUUCCUCUUUCACUGUUCUGCUGAAACAGGUCAUGCACCAGUCAAUACAAAAACACAAUGUUCUAUUUUCUCUUCUUACUGUUUGGUGGAUAUAGCUCCUUUGACCUUUUCACAUAUAGAGUUCUGGUUUGAGCGUGUGUUCUCACACUGUCAGUCUCCAGUGGUGGUGAAGAGCUCACAGCAUAGUCUGUACUCCUUUGUUGGAGUUCGCAUUCACAGUCAUUCUCACUUCUUUCUUCGUUUCUCCCUCUUUCCCUCGCUGUCCACAGCACUGAAGAGUCCGGCAGCCUUCCACGAGCAGCGGAGGAGUCUGGAGAGAGCCAGGGUGAGUCUCUCCAUGUCUGUCUUUCUCUCUGUAGUUCAAGAUGUGCAGUCUUUGUUGAACUGCAUUCUCUCUCUGAGACAACACUCAUCGCUCUCUCUCUCGCUUCUUUCUCCAUCUCCAUCUCCUGUUCCUUUUUCUGUUCAUCUUUUCUACCCUUCCCCUCUCCCAUACAACUUGUCUCUUCUCUUCCAUCUCUCCUCUCCUCCCUUCCAGACUGAGGACUAUCUGAAGAGGAAGAUCAGGAGUCGUCCUGAGCGCUCAGAGCUGGUCAGGAUGCACAUACUGGAGGGUGAGUCAGAGCGCCCCCUCUCUGAUCACCACAGAACUACACCCUCACACAUGCUACUUCUCUAGAGGCAGUGAGCCAAGUAUACCACGUCUGUUUGUGCAGAUCUAUAUACAUAAGUAUGUUUAGUUAUGCACUUCUUUAAUGGUCUUUGAGGACUUUGUGUACCUAAUAGUGAGUCUUGUGUGAGUGGUGUCUGUACAUCCUUGUGAAACUGUGUGUUUUUCCCCUUCUCUCUUCACACAGAGACGUCAGCAGAGCCGUCUCUGCAGGCCAAGCAGCUGCAGCUGAAGAGGGCCAGGCUGGCUGAUGACCUCAAUGAUAAGAUCUCCCACAGACCUGGUCCUAUAGAGCUCCUCCACAAGAACAUCCUGCCUGUAGACCUGGACUGUCCUCUGCAACACUCACUACUGGGUAUGGACACACACUGUCUACCGCAAUAUAUUCACACACACACACACACUUGCCUUUGCAACACACACUACUGGGUUGUGAAAAAGAAGGCUCCCUUGAAAAAGUGGCAGUGGUCUCAAUGGGACUUCCUGCUAAAAUAAAGGUUUUUAAAAAAUGAAGCGUACACACACUGAAACACUCACUUCUGUUCUAGGUAUUUACCCAUUCUUAUUAUCCACUGUAACAUACAUUACUAGGCAGGUCUAGGCAAGUCCUACUGCUCAUUGCCACACACUCUACUGGGUACAUACUGGAACUUUCCUAUUGUGAAUGUGCACAACAACACCUUGGUCAACUGGGUAGGAGCAUCCUGCAACUGGGUAGGAACAUGUUCUACUGGCUAGGAGCGUCCUGCCUGUGCACAGCCCACUGCAACACCUCUACUGGCUAGAUAAAUUAGUCCCUCACUAACACAUGUACCCAAAUACUCCCAGACUCUCCUACUAGCUUCAUACACGCUCUCUCACUGUGUAUGAGAAACUCUUUUUUUUCAAUUCUUCAAUUAAUCACUGGUCAUGGUUCGCGUUCAAAUGUUCCUCAAAAUGUUAUCAUUGCGAUGUCACAAUACUGAACUGGUGUCGUGAAACUGUUAUUGCUAAAUCCUCAUGGUGGAGACUGGAGAGACUGUGUGUGACCAAUUCCAUCAUUAGUCAUUCUGGUUUGGCAAUCGCCUCUUUUUCUAUUGCCAAAUACUAAUCUCUUAGUUUGAAAUAGAUGUUGUAGUGAUACUGAACCUCACAACUUAUCAACUUGUUAUUGUAGAAGAUAAUUUGUUUGGUGAGAAGUAAAUGUAUCUCUCUACCACGCACAGAUUCUCCAAAGGGUGCAGGAGAAUCCUCAUUGGACGAGGACAGUAGUGAUGCGUUUUCUCCGGACACUCUAGCCAAUCACGACUCUCCACUGGGUCCUGUCUCCCAGCUGUCCCCCUCUGACAUGCUCACUCAGAAUGGGGACAUGUCCCCCUCACAGGUACAGACCAUUCUAAAAAUGUUUUUUAUUUUUGUACGGUACUUAUAGCCACAGAAUGGAGAUAUCCAUGUAGCCACUGGUAUUCAUGCAUGCUUACAUAGACAAGUAAUCACAUGAGUUGUCCUAUUAUUGAUGCUUCAACUGACCAAUCAGAUGUUUUCUUAGUUCUUUACCCAGGUCCCUCCUCCCCCUCCUCCACUGUUGCUGAAUGGCCAUGACUCCUUGCAAGCACAGAAGCUGACCAAUGGGACAGCGACGCCAGUUGCUUCCCGCCCUGCCAGUGGUCAAAUCAAGGUGAGAGACAUCCCCUGUCGUUAGGAUAUCUUGCUAUGAAGGUUGGAAUAUAAUACUUUCUAUAUACAAGCAAUCAUAUCUUACUUACUCUUUCUCUCCCUCCCUCCCUCUGUCGAUCUCGCUCGCUCACUCUAUCGAUCCCUCCCUCUCUCUCCCAUAUUUUCCAGUCCAAGCCCAGCUUGGAGCGCCUCCCCCAGAGGCCUAAGAAGGCCAAAGACAUGAAGCCCAAGGUGAAGAAGCUGAAGUACCACCAGUACAUCCCUCCGGACCAGAAGGCUGACCGGGAGCCUCCCCCUCAGCUGGACUCCACCUACGCCAAGAUCCUUCACCAGCAGCAACUCUUCCUCCAGCUGCAGAUCCUCAACCAACAACAGCAGCACUACAACUACCACACCAUCCUUCCUGCACCACCCAAGUGAGUGUGUGAGGGAAAGAGAUGUGUGUGGGGAUUGGAAUUGGCGGUGUGUGUUUGAAAAUAAGAGGCAUCACAUAAUUCACUCCAUGCCGUCUAAUGGCAUGUGGUUUUGUGUGUAAGAGCGACUGCGCCACCCUGUGUGUGGUUGUGUGCGUGUCGACUGACUCAUCUCUGUUGUUUCUUGUCUCUCCUCAGACCACCUGCAGAGCAGCCACCUUCAACCAACCCCGGGCCCUCCCCUUCGCGCAGUGUUCCCCUGACGACCCCGGCCCCUUCCAAUCAGCAUGGGCCAAAUCGUCAGAGCCAAACCCCUGUGGGAGGGGCCAAACCUUUGACGCUACCAGCCAACCUGGAUGACUUCAAAGUGAGUAGAUGUUUAUAGAAAUACACUUAGGUCGCGUUCCCUUGCUCAGACGUUGCAUGCAUCAACCAAUGCCACGUCAUCGACUGAGGUUAGCUGAUACAAAAAUACCUAUCCAGGCGUUGUAAGAGUCCCUUUUUAAAAAAUCUGCACUCAUCUGAAACGCAAGUUGGGUGAAAUCAACAUGGUGGAUACUUUCACCUGUCCAUUUCUUUCAGAUCAGUGCUGAUAAAGGAAAGGAGAUUAGAAGAGAGUCCCGUUAGACUAUUGAUAUGCACCCAUAGACAGAUAAACAUACUUUUGGUCAUGUAGUGUAUGUGGCCACCUGCUCGUCCAACAUCUCAUUCCAAAAUCAUGGGCAUUAAUAUGGAGUUGGUCCCCCCUUUGCUGCUAUAACAGCAUCCACUCUUCUGGGAAGGCUUUCAACUAGAUGUUGGAACAUUGCUGCGGGGACUUGCUUCCAUUCAGCCAUGAGCAUUAGUGAGGUCGGGCACUGAUGUUAGGCUAUUAGGCCUGGCUCGCAGUCGGCAUUCCAAUUCAUCCCAAAGGUGUUCGAUGGGGUUGAGGUCAGGACGCUGUGCAAGCCAGUCAAGUUCUUCCACACCAAUCUCGACAAACCAUUUCUGUAUGGACCUCGCUUUGUGCACGGGGGCAUUGUCAUGAUGAAACAGGAAAGGGCCUUCCCCAAACUGUUGCCACAAAGUUGGAAGUACAGAUUCGUUAGAAUGUCAUUGUAUGCUGUAGCGUUAAGAUUUCCCUUCACUGGAACUAAGGGGCCUAGCCCAAACCAUGAAAAAUAGCCCUAGACCAUUAUUCCUCCUCCACCAAACUGUACAGUUGGCAUAAUGCAUUGGGGCAGGUAGCGUUCUCCUGGCAUCCACCAAACUCAGAUUCGUCAGCAUGGGCCAAGUCGUCAGUCAAACCCUUGUGGGAGGGGCCAAACCUUUGACGUUACCAGCCAACCUGGAUGACUUCAAAGUGAGUAGAUGCCAGAUGGUGAAGUGUGAUUCCUCACUCCAGAGAACGCGUUUCCACUGCUCCAGAGUCCAAUGGUGGCGAGCUUUACACCACUCCAAUGGACGCUUGGCAUUGCACAUGGUGAUCUUAGGCUUGUGUGCGGCUGCUCGGCCAUGGAAACCCAUUUCAUGAAGCUCCCGACCAACAGUUCUUGUGCUGACGUUGCUUCCAAAGGCAGUUUGGAACUCGGUAGUGAGUGUUGCAACCAAGGACAGCACUCGGUGGUCCCGUUCUGUGAGCUUGUGUGGCUUACCACUUCGCGGCUGAGCCAUUGUUGCUCCUAGAUGUUUCCACUUCACAAUAACAGCACUUACAGUUGACCGGGGCAGCUCUAGCAGGGCAGAAAUCUGACGAACUGACUUGUUGGAAAGGUGGCAUCCUAUGACGGUGCCACGUUGAAAGUCACUGAGCUCUUCAGUAAGGCCAUUCUACUGCCAAUGUUUGUCUAUGGAGAUUGCAUGGCUGUGUGCUCGAUUUUAUACAACUGUCAGUAACGGGUGUUGCUGAAAUAGCCGAAUCCACUAAUUUGAAUGGGUGUCCACAUACCUUUGUAUAUAUAGUAUAGUGUACAUAAGGGAGUAAGGAUCAGAAUCAUAACUAUGUUUUUACCUCUUCUUCUCCCCUCCAGGUUGCUGAGCUGAAACAGGAGCUGAAACUGCGGGGUCUGACUGUGUCUGGAACCAAGAUGGACCUGAUCGAGAGGCUGAGGAACUACCAGGAACAGAAUGUUGGAGGUGGAGCUGGUGUUAUUGCGACUGUAACCUCUAAACCCAGCCUACCAACCCCACAGCAUGCCUCAACCCAACCUGCUGGGUUCACCAUCCCUGCCCCCCCCCAGACCGGGACCAAUACCCUCACCCACCAAUCAGGAGAGGCAGGCGGGAAGAUACCCACAUUCUCAUUGGCUCAGAGUGCUGCUCCGGCCCAUGUUAUGAGGUUUGGCAGUACGAACUCCUCCCCUCCUGUGUCUCCCACCCCGUCAGAACGGUCACUGGCGGUAAUGAGCCCCGACGAGACCAGCUGUAAUGGAGACUUAUUCGGGGAGAUGGUGAGUUCUCCCCUGACCCAGCUCAGCCUGCACCACUCCCCAGCCUCCAUCAAAGAGGAGAACCAGGAUCACUUACCCACCUGCAGCCUCUCCCAGUCCCGGCUUUCGCCCACCGCGCCUCAGCCUGCCACCCCACCUCAGGAGCCCCUGGCUGUGGCAGCCAUGGAGGCCUCCCCCUUGGACAAGAACCAGUUGCUCCAGGAGAAGGACAAGCAGAUCGAGGAGCUGACACGCAUGCUGAGGCAGAAACAGAGGCUGGUGGAGACCCUGCGCUCCCAACUGGAGCAGGGGAAACAGACAGGAUUGAGAGAGAUGGAGAGAGGAGAGAUAGAGGGAGUACAGGGUGUGGUGGUGAAUGGUUAUGCCCAGGAGGCCCAAACCAAAACCACCCCCAUCAAAGCCUCAACCAUCCUCCAUCCCUCUCUCACCAAUGGAGAGAUGGUGAGGGUCAAGAAGGAGGUAGAGACGCAAGAAGAGAUGGAAGGAGUGGACGAAACUCAGCCUAAGGGACAGCCUCAGCCGACACAGUGCUCUCAGCAGACUCUUCUCAAACUGCAGCAGAUCCACCGGAUACAGGUUCAACAACAGACACAACAACUAUUUCAGACACAACAACAACAGCAGAAACAACAACAGCAGUCCCAACUGCUCCAGCAACAAAAACAGCAGCAACCACUACAGACACAACAACAACAACAACAACAACAACAACAACCGACACAACAGCAGUCCCAACAGCUCCAGCAACAAAAACAGCAACAACAGACACAGCAGAUGCAGCAGCAGAAGACAUCAGCCCAGUUGUUAAUCCAGCAACAGCAGCAGUUGCAGCAGAUGAUCAUCCAGCAGACCCAGCAGAAACAGCUCCAGCUGCAACACAAACAGCUGCAGGCCCAGCAGAGGAAGCAGCAGAGACAGGCCCAGAGACAGCAGCAGAACAAACAACUGAGUCAGACUGUCACCACACAACAGGUACAUUGUCAUUACAGCUCUAUAUCGUACAGUCUAUAGAUCAACAGAAUAGGUAUACACACCACAGACAGUCACCGCACAUCAGGUGCAUAUUUCAUAUGGAAUAACCUUGUCUGAAACCAUACAUACAUAUUUAACGGAAUAACCUUGUCUGAAACCAUACUUACAAAUUUAACGGAAUAAACUUGUCUGAAACCUGAAGACAGAUUCUUUACCUCAGCGGGCAAACUGUCUGGCACGCGGGAGACCCGUGUUUGGAACCAAGUCUGUCUCUUCCCCUUCUCUGUUGGGCUGUUGGUUUGAAUAUGUCUCUGCUCUACUCCUGUUCUCUCCAGGUUACUCCAGUCUUCAUCGGCCAACAGAAUGGCACCCAGGUCCCCGCCCAGACCUUUUCAUUGGACCUCCUCAAGUCGGGCACCACGCCCACACUUGUCACCGACGGCAACGGCAACCACUACCUGAUAGCACUGACCAAUCACAAUGCAGAGGGCCAGAAUGGCGUGACCUCAUUGGGCAAAACCAGUGUAUCACAACGCAUCACACUGCAGGUGCAGUUACGCUGGAAAUCUGCUAAUAAGUGUUACAGGUCUCUAUGUUAAGAGGUGAAAUUAUUGUGUAAGAUGGUAGGACAGUGCAGUAAAUUUGCUCUGAGCUGUUUUGUCAUUUUAACCUCCUCGAGUGGAUUUCCGCGUCCCCUUGGAAAUCGAAUUAGCAUAAUAAAAAUAUCCCCAUAAAAAUCUGUUAGUUUAAGCUAGAGACAUGUUUUUUUUGCAUCGGAUGUGUCUCAAUCCCCUGCAUCCGCCAAUCGCACUUUCGCAUCGAUUUUAUACACCUGUCAGCAACCAAGUGUGGCUAAAAUAGCCAAAUCCGCUAAUUUGAAGGGGUGUCCACAUACUUUUGUAUGUAUAGUGUAUCUCUCGGAUAUAGGACAGACGCUUCAGAACAAACUUCCUGUUCCAUGUAGUGAAUCUGUUAUUCAAUGUGUUUGAAUGGGCUAAUAGCAGUAAAUCAAAUAGCUAAAUGAUCCUUGGUAUGACCUUAAAACAAUUCCAUAUAGCUUAGUACAGUGGUCACCAACCGAUCGACUGGUCGAUCUCUUAGACAUUCCUAGUCGAUCACCAAACAUUUCUGUAAAAAAAACAAAGAUAAAGCCUUGCGUUACUCUUUUUUUAAAAUGUGUUUUGCGCUGUUGAAGGCAGGUGCACUUGAUUCAACAGCCCUAGCGCCGGGAAGGCAAAGUGUUCCAAUUUUGAACCAUUUCAUAUGUCUGAAGGUAGAACUCAGCCUACCCUGCAGGCCCAGAGAGCAAAUCAAGUGCACAUAUAGGCCUAGUGCUGUCAAAUCAGAUAGCUCAGAUCAGUGUCUGCAGUUUCCUCACGACAUAUAGUGCCUUCGGAAAGUAUUCAGACCCCUUGACUUUUUUCAAAUUUUGUUACGUUAGAGCCUUAUUCUAAAAUGGAUUACAUUUUUUUUAAAUCCUCAGCAAUCUACACACAAUACCCCAUAAUGACAAAGUGAAAACAGGUUUUUAGAAAUUUUACCAAAUAUAUUACAAUUUGAAAACAGAAAUACGUUAUUUACGUAAGUAUUCAGACCCUUUGCUAUGAGACUCAAAAUUGUGCUCAGGUGCAUCCUGUUUCCAUUGAUCAUCCUUGAGAUGUUUCUACUUGAUUGGAGUCCACCUGUGGUAAAUUCAAUUGGUUGGAUGUGAUUUGGAAAGGCACACAACUGUCUAUAAAAGGUCCCACAGUUGACAGUGCAUGUCACAGCAAAAACCAAGCCAUGAGGUCGAGGGAUUUGUCCGUAGAGCUCCGAGACAGGAUUGUGUCGAGGCACAGAUCUGGUGAAAGGUAUCAAAACAUUUAUGCAGUAUUGAAGGUCCCCAAGAACACAGUGGCCUCCAAAUGGAAGAAGUUUGGAACCACCAAGACUGUUCCUAGAGCUGGCUGCCUGGACAAACUUAACAAUCGGGGGAGAAGGGCCUUGGUCAGGGAGGUGACCAAGAACCCGAUGGUCACGCUGACAGAGCUCUAGAGCUCCUCUGUGGAGAUGGGAGAACUUUCCAGAAGGACAACCAUCUCUGCAGCACUCCACCAGUCAGGCCUUUAUGGUAGAGUGGCCAAACGGAAGCCACUCCUCAGUAAAAGGCACAUGACAGCCCGCUCGGAGUUUGCCAAAAAGCACCUAAAGGACUCUCAGACCAUGAGAAACAAGAUUCUCUGGUCUGAUGAAAUCAAGAUUGAACUCUUUGGCCUGAAUGCCAAGCGUCACUUCUGGAGGAAACCUGGCACCAUCCCUACGGUAAAGCAUGGUGGUGGCAGCAUCAUGCUGUGGGGAGGUUUUUCAGCGGCAGGGACUGGGAGACUAGUCAGGAUUGAGGCAAAGAUGAACGGAGCAAAGUACAGAGAGAUCCUUGAUGAAAACCUGCUCCAGAGAGCUCAGGACCUCAGACUGGGGCAAAGGUUCACCUUCCAACAGGACAACGACCCUAAGCACACAGCCAAGACAACGCAGGAGUGGCUUCCGGACAAGUCUCUGAAUGUCCUUGAGAUGUCCAGCCAGAGCCCAGGCUUGAACCCGAUCGAACAUCUCUGGAGAGACCUGAAAAUAGCUGCGCAGCAAUGCUCCCCAUCCAACCUGACAGAGCUUGAGAGGAUCUGCAGAGAAGAAUGGGACAAACUCCCCAAAUAGAGGUGUGCCAAGCUUGUAGCGUCAUACCCAAGAAGACUCGAGGCUGUAGUCGAUGCCAAAGGUGCUUCAACAAAGUAGUGAGUAAAGGGUCUAAAAUACUUUUUAUUUAUUUAUUAUUAAUUAGCAAGAAUUUCUAAAAACCUGUUUUUGCUUUGUCAUUAUAGGGUGUUGUGUGUAGAUUGAUGAGGGAACAAAACGAUUUAAUAAAUUUUAGAAUAAGGCUGUAACGUAACAAAAUGUGGAAAAAGUCUAAGGGUCUGAAUACUUUCCGAAGCCAAUGUAAACUGGAAAAAGAAGCCGUGUACGCAGAGCAAAGUUGAUAAUGUGAGAUUUCAAAACUUUUAAAACAAUGACUAGAGAGAGACUCAUAAAAACAGCAGCUCUUUGCUGUAUUUGUUGAGUAAGUUCAUGUUUAAGUUGUUAUUCAUCACUGUAAACACUUUGUUCAACAGUUUUGUAAGCCAUAAAAUGUGCGCGUUUAGAUAAGCUUGCGUUGUUAUUAAUUGCGGCUUUUUUUUAUAUAUAGAGGUACAUUUCACUUUCUCUGGUCAUAGGAGUAACGUCAUGAAUUGGUGCGUGAGGCAGAAGUAAUGCAGUGCAACUUAAGUUUCGCCAUCAGCUGGAAGACCGUGUCCCCUUUUCUCAGCGGAGGGAGGGAGAGAGGCAGCCUCACCACUGCUCCCUCCCUCCCCUCAGACUGACCAUCAGAUGCAGGCCAACAGCUCAGUUGGUAGAGCAUGGCGCUUGCAACGCCAGGGUUGUGGGUUCGUUUCCCACGGGGGGGCAGUAUGAAAAUGUAUGCACUCACUAACUGUAAGUCGCUCUGGAUAAGAGUGUCUGCUAAACGACUAAAAUGUAAAUAAUAUACAAAAAUAUUGGCACCCUUGCACUUUCUUCAAGUAACUCACAAUUUCCCCCCCAAAUAAGUUGAAAUUGACCAAGGUAUUUGGUCUCCACAAUUCUUUAUUUCACUGUUAAUAUUACAGAACCUUUGUUUUUGAUUCAGAACUUAAUAUAUACAUUUAAAUCAGAAAAUAAACAAAUGGUAUUGCCAAAAUUAUUGACACACUAGACUUAAUAUUUGGUACCACAGCCUUUGGUCAAAAUAACUGCAAUCAAGUGCUUCCUAUAGCCAUCAAAGAGCUUCCUGCACCUCUGUAUUGGCAGUUUGGCCCUCUCCUCUUGUGCAAACUGUUCCAGUUCUCCCAGUUUUGAAGGUUGCUUUCUCCCUACUGCUUUUUUCAGAUCUCUCCACAAAUGUUCAAUGGCAUUUAGAUCUGGACUCGGAACAGUCCAGCAUUUUGUCUUGAACCAUUCCUGGGUGCUUUUUGAAGUGUGUUGGGGUCAUUGUCCUGCUGGAAGACCCAUGACCUUUGACGGAGACCCAGCAUUCUGACACUGGGUCCGACAUUGCGCUCCAAAAUGCCUUGGUAUUCUCCUGAUUUUGUGAUGCCAUGCACACAUUCAAGGCACCCAGUGCCAGAGGCUGGGAACUCCAAAACAUCACUGAACCUCCUCCAUGUUUGACUGUAGGGAAGGUGUUAUUUUCUUUGAAGGCUUAAUUUUGUUUUCUGUAAACAUAGAGAUGGUGUGCUUUACCAAAAAGCUCUAAUUUGGUGUCAUCGGUCCACAAUACAUUCUCCCAGAAGCAUUUUGGCAUGUUCAGAUGUGUUUUGACAAAUUGCAGUCACGCUUUCUUAUGUCUCUCUCUCAGCAGUGGGGUCCUGCUGGGUCUCCUACCAUAUAACCCCCUUUCAUUGAGUUUGCAACGGAUGGUGCGAGUUGAAACUGUCGUACCUUGUGUCUGAAGGUCAGCUUGAAUCUGUGUGGCAGUUGAUCGAGGUGCUUUCUCCACAAUUCGAACAAUCCUUCGCUGCAAUUUUCCAUGAAGUUUUCUCUUGCGGCCAUAUCCAGGGAGGUUGGCUACAGUGGCAUGGGCCUUCUUCUUGAUAACAUGACGUACGGUGGAAACAGGAACAUCAAGGUCUCUGGUGAUAGACUUGUAGCCUUGAGAUUGUCCAUGCUUGGCUACAAUCUUGUGUCUGACCUCCAUAGAUAAUUCUCUGGUUUUCUUUAUUUUCUGCAUGCUCAUUGCGGUACACACAGUGACACAAAACAGGAGAAUGAGUCCUUUUCUCUAUUCAAACUGGUUGAAUUAGGGAUUUUAUAUUGCAGGCACCUGCAACUCACCAGAGGUGAGUUCAAGUCCAAAGUAAAGGAGAAUCACCUGCUUGAAAUCAAAUUAUUUCUAACGACUUCUAGAAGGUGCCAAUAAUAUUAUCCAGGCCAUUUUAGGAUUUCUUAGUAAAUUAUUCUGAUUUGUUUGUUUUGUUCAACUGCAAACCAAAAGACAUACAUAUGUGGAUUCCUAAAUAUUUUUUAAUUUCUACUGUUUUCUGGAAGAAAUUGUGCCAAUAUUUUUGUCCACAACUGUAUUACCAGUGUGAUCAUAUACCUUUUUUUUUUUUUUGUAUAUUUUCUAUAUGGUCUGAGAAGAACAACAUUGGCAGGGCAAGUGUAGCCAAUAUGCAGUGAUAAUGUAUUGGGCCUAUAGCCUACUGCACAAACCUCAUUGUUACAGAACUGUUUUUUUGUUUGUUUGUUUUUUUGUUAUUUUAUCUGAGCAGUAGAUCUCUGCUUGCAUUUUGACUCAAAGUGAUUUUGACUCGCCCAGUCAUAUUGUCAACAAGACAGACAAUAUGACUGCAUUGUUCAAAAACAUACAACAUCCCUUUUCCAUAAAAUAUAUGUUAGAAUUUUCAUUACUCCACAUGCUUAACCUAUGUCACUUUUGUUUUGAGCCGAUUUCAACGUCGGCCAGAGCGGGGCACCCAGCUCACGCAAGGGAUGCAACCCGAUCCAAAACAAAUGCAUUCACUUUUCACCCGGUGCAAACUCUGUGCACCCGGGCCAGCUUAAUUGAAUCCCAUCAAUGGUUAAUGGUGAAUUCAAUCUCCCAUUUCUUCCUCUAGCGAUUGCAGUCAACUCCAAGCAAACUCCCCAGCCAAUCGCCAGCUGAGAUAUUCAGCCCCGACACCCAAUCAAAACAACAGUUACAACCAGGCCCUGUCAACCAGCCUAUCAAAAAGGUAUGAGAAUUACUACAAAUCAAGACAAAAACAAGGUCUGCUCUCACACACACACACACACACACACACAAUUUUAGCUGUCACUGUCUGGCAAUACUCUUAAAAUCAUUACUGUCCUUUUUCCUCUUCCUCUCCCCCGUCUCGUUCAGGAACAGAAGGCGGGUCUACAUCUGGAGACCAAUGGCAUGACCAAUGGAGUGCCAGAGCCGAGUCAGUCCGUCUCUGCUCCGCCCAAUCUCCAUCCUUUCUUUGACGAGGCGUCCAACUCGUCUGAAAGCCAAAGCACCGCUCCCCCCUUCCUCAAGGUAAGACCAAUUCUGCAAUGAUCAUUCAUUGGAUGUCAACAUCAUCUCAUAUUUGGCUUUUCAAUAAUCUGCGUCUACAUUUUUUACUUUCAUUCAUUCUUUCUUUGUAGCCUAUUUCUUUCCCUUCAUCCUUUCUUUAUUCUCUCCUUCCAUCCUUUCAGAAAGAAGUGUGUCCGACUUUUGACCGGCACACUUUGUUCACCCCUCGCUCUCCUAAACAGACCUGUUUCUCCUCCACUCAACGCCUCAGAGUAUGCCCUUCACUCCUGCCAUGUCCCUCUGCAUGUCCAUCCAUGUCUUUUCUCUUUUCUUCUCUCUCUUCUGUCCAUAAUUUUUCUGUUCCAUCUUUUCUUUUCUCGCAUUUUCUCCCAGUCCAUCUGUUAGCAUCUGUCUCAUCUGAAAUUUGCUCAAAGUAUCGUAGUGAUUUUAUAGUACUGAACAUGUUUGCCGGUUUUGUUAAGCAGCCAUGAGUACUGUAAACUGUACUAAAUGUCUUCUCUGCCCCAAGGAGAACGGCCUGAGCAGUCAACAGAUGGACGACCUGUUUGACAUCCUCUUGAAGAGUGGAGGUAAGAGAACAGAGCAGUACACACACAACAUAACACUCACACAUAAAUAUCUUCAUAAUGUCUUACUACCAAUACAUGAGCGUAAACCCAUUUGUUUGAGCAUUGUUAAUAUUCAUGCUUUUUCUUUCUCUUCCCCAUCCAGAAAUCUCUGGAUUACGAGCAAACCCAGACCCUUCCCUGUCCCACCUCCACUCCAACCCCCCCACCCCUCCCUUGUCCCCUCUCCACCUGUCGCCCCCCACCCCCCCUCCGGAGCACUCCCUGCCCUCCCAGCAGCCCUCGCCAUCGCCCUGCAUAGGAAGUGGUCGUCUGGAGGAUUUCCUGGAGAGCACCACAGGCACACCCCUCUUGGGGGUGGAGCCUGACGGUGGCCUGACUUUAAUUGACGACCUCCACAGCCAAAUGCUGAGCACCUCCAGCAUCCUGGACCAUCCCCCCUCCCCGAUGGACAUGGACACCAGCGACCUGGGCUUCUCCCCCCACCCAGCAGGGCUUGACUUUGAGGACCCAGCCCUGGACAGCAUGGACUGGCUGGACAUCUCCAUGGGAGGUGGAGGGGGGAUGAGUCUCGCCCCUCUGGGCCCCCACACGCCCCCCAGUGUGUUCUCAGCAGACUUUCUGGACAGCUCGGACCUCACUCUGCACUGGGACUCCUGUUUGUAG